ACUGGCUCGUCCGUCACGUCAAUAAUUAAUUGUCAAAUAAUAUCAAUUGUGUGGUGAUCCUGAGUUACUUAGGCCUACUGUGUUUGUGUGAUUGUAGAGUUCGAUUCGUGUGUUACUGUUAUAUAGUGCGCUCAACGAUUGAACUGCAAUCAUUAAUUUGUUUAUUAAGUCACUAAUCUAGAUUGAAUAGACUUAAUGUAAAAGCCUAGGCUCAAAUCAAAUUCUUAUAAAUCGGACUAGGCCUCUAGGUAGAAAGAUCAAAUAGGCCUGAGACAUUUAUGGAGAAUAAUUCUAAAUUCUUUAAUGAGACAUUUUUGAUCCAGUUCUAUAUUGAAAUUAGUUUUUAAAGGUUUUGAUUUAAGGUGGCGGCUUAUCUAAUUUGAUAAUGGCUGGUCGUGAAAAGAUACAGAAAAGCGAAGAUGACCACAGUGUAGAGACGCUGGCUGAGGUGUUCCGAUGUUUUAUCUGUAUGGAGAAGCUGAGGGAUGCCCAUCUUUGCCCUCAUUGUAGCAAACUGUGUUGUUACAUCUGCAUACGGCGCUGGCUUACAGAACAGAGAUCCCAGUGUCCACAUUGUCGAGCUUCUCUACACCUCCACGAGUUAGUCAACUGUCGCUGGGUAGAAGAAGUGACUCAACAACUUGACACUCUACAAGCAGCAGGAGUAUCUCAGCCUAGAGUUGAUGAUGGAGACAGGGACAGAUGCCGGUCACAUCAAGAAAAGCUGUCAGUUUACUGCUGGACGUGUCGUUGUUGUAUUUGCCACCAAUGUGCUCUGUGGGGUGGCACACAUACGAGCCACACGUUCAAACCUCUCGAGGAGGUCUACGAGUCUCAUGCCAACCAGAUCAAAGAUGAAAUUGCUCAUUUACGUAGACGUCUACUAGAACUUAUCAGUCUAGUGCAAGAAGUGGAGCGUAAUGUGGAAUCUGUGCGUUCAGCUAAAGAUGAGCGAGUGAGGGAAAUACGAAACGCUGUGGAAUUGAUGAUUGCUAGACUCGACUCUCAACUCAAAGCAAAACUGUUGACACUGAUGGCGCAGAAAUCUAGUUUGACACAGGAAACAGAACAGCUGGAAGCUCUGCUGCAGGAAAUAGAGCAUCAACUUCAUACUCGAAAGCGCUCAGAAUUUAUAGCCCAUUCUUCUGAACUCUCUCGCAUGAUCCACCAAGUGAGGAAGAAGCCAAUGGCCAGUUUUGUCACUGCUCCUGUGCCGGCUGAUUUUCAAAGUGAAAUCGUGCCUGGAUAUGACAGUAGCACGUUUUCUAUGCAGCAGUUCACACAGUUGCAACACAAGGCUGACCCCGUGUACUCUCCUCCCCUCCAUGUCAAUGGUUUGUGUUGGAGACUCAAGGUCUACCCUGACGGCAACGGAGUGGUGAGAGGCAACUACUUGUCAGUGUUCCUGGAGCUCACCAACGGACUACCAGAUACUUCCAAAUACGAAUAUAGAGUUGAGAUGAUUCAUCAAGGUUCCAGAGAUGCUAGCAAAAAUAUUGUCCGAGAGUUUGCUUCAGACUUUGAGACCGGAGAAUGCUGGGGAUACAACCGCUUCUUCAGACUUGACCUGUUAGCUAGUGAGGGCUACUUGAACACCGAUUCUGAUACACUAGUGCUCAGGUUUCAAGUUCGUCCACCAACAUUUUUCCAAAGAUGUCGGGAUCAGCAAUGGUAUAUAGGACAGUUGUUACAUCAGCAGAAUCAAUAUGUGCAGCAAAUGAACGAUUUAAAAGAGCAACUUCGGUUGAACCUGUAUGCAGGAAACGCACUGAAUGCUGCAGUUCGAGGGUUGAAUACUCCCAUCUCUCUACCACAGAUCCCCGUCGUCUCAGCUGACUCUGGCAGUACAAGGACUGUUAGUGCUAGACGAGGCAGCCAGGUUAGUCUGGACGCUACUCCUGUAAACAAGCCCAGCAGUGUGACCAACAUUUCAGAGCCAAGUGUUCGACAGAAUUCACUGCCACACAACAUAUCUAGCACCAGCACUACUGACAGUGAGGAACUGAGUGAUACUGAAGUGUUUGCAGAGGAUUGUGAACAUCAGAACUCUCCAGCUCGACCUGUCACCGGGGAGAUCAGCAAUGAUGAGAAUGAUGUUGAUGAUGAGACCAUGUCAGGAGAGAAUGAUGUAGAUUUGAGUAUGGCUCAGCAGUUGUAUAGAGAUACUAGAGCUAGUAUUGAAAUGAUCCCGAUUGAUUGUCUUGAAGAUGAUUUGAUGCUAGAUCUCUUUGGACUCCACAUAUUUCAAGGAGAACUCCAGUCUACCCCAAGGGCCAGCAUGGACAGUUUAUUGGAUAGUUGCUUCGUCGAUUCUUCAUCCAGGCCAAGGGAGGCAUUGCUGAGUGAUCCCAGCAGUAACCAUGACAGGAGCACUUCCAGUGGAGAUCCUCUUACACCUCCAAAAGUAAGCUUGGAGUGGGCUUUGCGUAACAUGUGCAGAACUCCGUCAUCUCCUGGACUGCCUACCAACUCCUUCACUGCACCUCCCCAGAGACAGCGACUUUGGAAUCUGUUGGAGCAGUAUUCUUCUCCAGACCUUCCUCGCCUUCCAAGAGCCAGGAACAGUGUGUUCAUGAGGCCAUCUCAGCUGGAUGCCAUGGGUGAGGGUGACAGAGCAUCAUCAUCUUCACCCGUGCAUCAGCCACCUCCGCCCUACAACCCAAUGUGGGCCACACGCACCUUUCGCCCGCCUCUAGUUCAUCCUGUUGGUUCACCUUGUGAUCGACCUGAGAAAGAUGAACAAUCACACCAGCGUAAAGAUGAAAGUAAACCUGACGAGCGGAGAUCUUCUUCCCCCUGAAUGACUAUGGAUUUUUAUUACUGUACUUAACAUUCCAAUUUGCUUUUUAGUCAAUUUUUAAAUUUUAUUGUUUAAUAUACUCAAGUAUUAGUUGAUGAUUUGAAUCUCUCACUACUGCCAGUAAUUUAAUUGCUUUCUUCUUAAUUUAAAGUGUUUGAUUUACAUUAAACAUUUUUGUAUGUGAAUGGAUGUUUUUGUUUUACGUUCAGUACAAUGUUGGCGUUCUUUCAAAUAUUAUGUGUAUGAAUGGACAAUCACUUUAGUAUGAUACAAAAAUUUAAAUAAUUAUGUCUUGUCCAAGAGUUUUGCAUUACCUUCAUAUUGAAAGUUAAUUUUAAAUCAUCGACAUUGUUUAUAAUUUUAAAUCCAAAUAUGUGCCUAGUAGACUCUUGUGAUAGGCAAUCAGAUAUGAUAUAGUCUAGUAAAUCCUGUAAUCCAGGCAUCUUAUAGACCCAAUAUCAUA